AUGAUAGCAGCGCUGUUGUUGGUAUGCUUAUUUAUCUGUUCAGACAUUUCGGUAGCUUUGUGGAAUCUCACAGCUUUUCCUUGGUACUGCGAUAAGGAAUGCUACGAGAGAAUAGGCAAAAUGGACAUUAGUCAUGAAGGAUGUCUAAACAGGAAUGCCACAACUGAACAUGUAUUUCAAAUGUUUAACAUUGGCAGUUCUACGCCAAUCUGUCAUAAACUUUCAAAGUCUCGACAAAGUAUUUGUCUGAAAAUGAUUGAAGGACAGUAUUUCCUUGGUACAUGCAACGUAAAUGUCACGGAUCACAGAAUUAGGUGUAGAAAAGCGACUGAUAGCAUGACCUGGUAUCGUGGAUUGCAGUCUGUUACUUUUUCCGGUAAAAGUUGCUUACGUUGGGAUGAAGUAAAUUCAACAUUCCGAUUCUCAGAUUUUAGCUCUUAUUAUGGUCCAUCUAUAAGUCAUCUAUCAAGGACACAUUCAACUGGAAUACACUCGAUAGAAAAUUAUUGUCGCAAUCCUGAUAGCUCGUCAAUGGGGCCUUGGUGCUUUAUCGUUGUCUGUAUUUGCUUAAUUAAACAACCACAUUUUUUGAAAUGUCCUGUAGUUAGUGAUAAAGGGAAGAUUCGACGAGAAGCAUGCUUCAAACAAUGUGAGGGAUAUAAUUAUCGUGAAUUUUGCCUUGCAAAAAUGCUUUUUCCGUAUAUGCUCCCAUCAUUUUCACCAUUUGAUGAUGCACCAACUGUCGAAACAGUUAGCGAAUCCGUCAAAGACUUGAGUGAUAUCAUUGACGUGUUACCUGUAGUUCGUUUCCAUCCCCGAAACAGGCCAAUGUUUGUUCCAACCUACUUUGAUGACUAUAUUCGUAAUUAUCCCACUGAUAUUUCCACUCGUACACGCUGCUAUCAAACGGGUCCACGAACACGAAUCGCGGGUCCAUGGAUAUAUUCAGAUCCUGAUGAAUCACCCUCUACAGCUAGUCGUUAUUGGCUUUUUGAUUUGUUGGACGAAAUUGGUGGGGAUGAGAUGGAUCGAGAGCGAGUGUUCCGAAGUGAUGGAGGACCGCGGUAUACACGUUGGAGACCAUGUUUUUUAGCUUGUGAAGACACCAAUGUACCUUGUUGGCCCACAGCGCAAACAGAUCCUUCUCGUGGACGUUUUCCAUAUUAUGGGCCACGAAAUUACAGUGUCCGCGGUACAGCAUGUGUCUCACCUUUUUCUGCAUAUGAAAUCCUUUUACGUAAAAAAAAAGAAUUAGGCAGGAUUAGUGAGGUUUAUCGAUUUUUCAUUUGCUCACAAUUUACUGCAUUCUGA